UCUCUCUCUCUCUCUCUCAUUAUAAUCCCGGCCAGUUAGUGUCAGACUCCGGCGCUCCUCGUCAGACUUUCCCGACCACCUUUUUUCACUUUAUAUACCCUACACUCUCCUGCUCCUCACCUUAUAUACGACGUACAGCAAACACAUUACACAUACAUUACGCGCACGUACUAAGCAAUAGUCAGCAACACAGUGCCUUGGUCACAAAGUUGAAAGGCCUCGUGUGUGUGGGUGUGUGUGUUAGGCAUGAGAAAGUGCAAGUUUGCCUAAUCCUUAAUAUCUGCGGUACUUGCGCACUGCCUUCUUAUCCACCAAGAGCACCAGAGCGAAAACCAGUGCCUUUUUUUUUUUGGCUUCUCUUUCUUUGUUUCUCAAAAGGGUAGUUUCGUUUUGGUCAGGGGGUGAUGAACAGGGCCUCACCGGAGAUGUUGCACUGUCUAAAUGGGCCGGGGAACGGUACGGACGUGACGGUGCUGGAGAGGCAGAGGGCUCGCAUGAAGUGGCAGCACCAAGAGCAGCAGGGGUAUUUUGGGGGGAGUGAGUUUGGUGGUUUGUUUUUGGAGCCGGGUCAAGUUGGGAGCUUUCAGGGUUUGGUGGGUGGUGGUGACACGGUGCUCGGGGAGGUGGUGACCCGGUCGGUGAAACCCGACCCGGGUUCGGAAAAUGGGUGGCCUCAGUUGGUCAAUAUGGGGUUUACAGAGUUUGAGAUGAAUUGUGCCAUUUCAAGGACUUCUAGCUGCCCACCCACGGUGGGCCCACCGGCGCCGGAAGCCAAAGGCAAAGUGCCAGCGCCGGCGGAGAAGAUGAGUUCUGCGGUUGGGAGAGAGAGCUUCAAGAAGAGGAAGGCAGAUAAGAUGCAGAACGCCAAGAUUGUUGGGGAUUUAGACGAUUCCAAAGACAAGAGGAGCAAAUUAUGCGCAGAAGAGGGGGAAUCAAAGAUCGCAGAGCAAACCAGCGUCAAAGACAACAACAGAGAGACUUCUGCUGAUACUUCAAAGGAGAAUUCAAAAGCUUCUGAGGCUCAGAAGCUCGAUUAUAUUCACGUCCGGGCACGCCGCGGCCAGGCCACUGACAGCCACAGCUUAGCCGAGAGAGUGAGGAGGGAAAAGAUCAGUGAGAGAAUGAAGUAUCUACAAGAUUUGGUACCAGGUUGUAACAAGAUCACGGGGAAAGCUGGAAUGCUCGAUGAAAUCAUCAACUAUGUGCAAUCCCUUCAACGUCAAGUAGAGUUCCUGUCCAUGAAACUAGCUGCUGUGAAUCCGAGGCUUGACUUUAACAUUGAAGACUUCUUUGCAAAAGAGAUGUUUCCUGCUUGCUCAACUGGUUUUCCAACAAUUGGAAUGUCAUCUGAAAUGACUAAUCCUGCCUAUCUUCAGUUUAAUCCGGUACAGCAGGUGGUUGCAUGUUGUGGGUUGGAUAUGGGGAUGAAUACACCUGAUAUGGCACUUAGACGAACCAUCAGUACACCUGCAUCGAUCCCAGAAACAUAUCUUGAUACAUCCUGCUUCGCUCAACUCCAGCCUUCUUCGACCUGGGAUGCUGAUGCACAAAACCUUUUCGAUCUGGAGUUCCAUCAAGGAAGAUCGAUAUCCUUUCCAUCCCAACCAUUUACAGGUUCAGUUGAAGCUAGCAACCUAAAGAUGGAGAUCUGAAUCAAAGUAUCCAUCAUACAAUUUCUUGGAUAAGUUUACUCCACAUGCCUUUGAGCCAUAUUCUUUUUUCUUUUUCUUUUUUUUUUUCUUUUUUUUUUUUUCCAGUUUAAUUACAUAACGUAUAUAUUUUGUAUGUAUACUUGUGCCAUAGUAUGAAUAAGAUCAACACCUAUUGACUUCAGCAA